UUAGGAAGGCGGGUUCGCUGCGCGCCUGGGGUCGGACCACAACAAACGGCGAGACGAGUGGAGCCGGGCUGCUUGCGGGUGUGAUUCGGUGCCAGGCGGGAAAGAGCAGCGGUCGAGCUGGAAGAGUCCCGGAGGCCGCUCGCCUGGUUUAUGCUCUAGCCAUGGGGGCCGGGGUUCUCAACAGCCUCCUCCUGCUUGUGCUGCUGGCGGCGGCCGGCGGGCUCCGAGCUCGGGAGGACCGUCCGGCCAUCGGCCGGAGUCUGAAGGCGGUGGCGGGCUGGGAGGCGGCCGGAGCCGGCGUGGAUGCGGUGGUGGAGGACGACGAGCCCGAGGAGAGUGAGCCGAGCGGAGAGGAGAUGCCCCGAUCCCUGGUUGUUAUUAGCUUGAUGGAUGGGCGCAUUGCAGCUUUGGAUCCAGAGAAUCGUGGGAUGAAGCGCUGGGAGCUGGAUGUUGGCGCUGGAUCUCUGGUUUCAGCCAGUCUCAGCAAGCCUGAGGUUUUUGGAAACAAAGUAAUAAUUCCGUCUUUGGAUGGACACCUUUUCCAAUGGGACCGAGACAGGGAGAGCAUGGAGGCAGUUCCAUUUACAGUGGAGUCGCUCCUGGAAUCUUCCUACCGACUUGGCGAUGAUGUAGUCUUGGUUGGAGGGAAGUCACGGACAACCUAUGGGUUGGAUGCCGCCACUGGAAAGAUGCGGUACGUCUGUUCCACGGGGGGCUGCAGCCGCUGGGACGAUGAGACGACUGACCAGGGAUCUGAUCUGUUGCUGCUGCAGCGCACGCAGAAGACGGUCAGAGCUGUGGGGCCUCGGUCUGGCACUGAGAAGUGGAACUUCAGUGUUGGUCACUACGACUUGAGGUUUAUUCAAGAUACCACUUCUACCAUCAACUACAUUGACAGUGAUUCCAACACCAACCACCGGGGCGGUCGAUCGAAAGACAUGUCGGAUGUGGAACAGGACAACACCAUCAAAGACCGCGUGAUAAAGGUCUAUGUUUCAGAUUGGAAGGUGAUGUCCUUCAGCAAUAAACGAGGUGGACAACUGGAAUGGGAGCACCAGUUCUGCGCUCCAGUUGCCUCGGCCUGGUUGGUAGAGAAUGGAAAAGUGACCCCGGUGAGCCUCUUCGAUGACGCCAGCUAUGCAGAUGGCCACGGCAGUGUGCUGGAUGUUGAGGAGGAUAUCGUGGAGGCAGCGAGGGGCGCAGCCGAAUCAGCUGAGUCCAGUGUCUAUCUGGGUAUGUACAAGGGGCAGCUCUACAUGCAGUCAUCUGUUAGAUUGUCGGACAGGUUCCCAAUAAUGAUGUCGAGCUCUGAGGAAAGUGGGAACACUAACAUAAUCUCUCUGCCUAACAUUAGGUGGAAGCCUCUAAUUCAUUCACCUGCUAGAACGCCAGCUUUGAUCCGGUCUGAUGAACAUGCUAAAUGCCUCAGCAAUGAUAAGCAUUCACAUGAGGAAUACAGUCUUGGAGCUUUGUCAAUAUUGCAGUAUCCCUAUGACAAUGGAUUUUAUUUGCCUUACUAUGGGAAGGAGCGAAGCAAGCGUCACACGCAGAUUUCCAUCAGAUUCUUCGACCCCUCGAGGGCAAAGAAGGCAGCCCCAAGGAAAGACCCCGUCCUGCUGCUGGAGUGGUGGGGGGAAAUAGCAGGCACCAUCCUCUUCUGCGUCCUCGCAACCACCUACGUCGUUCGUAAGCUUGUCCUGCACCCAUCUUCAACUGCACAACAGAGGGAGUCCGAGCUGCCGUGUCACAGUGACAGUGGGAGUGACGCAGCUGCAGAAGCAGCGAAGAUUGAGCUGGCCAACUCCUCUGGGGUGUUUGAAUAUGUGUCCAGAUGUCUUACUGACUUUGAAUUGGUUCAGUGCCUUGGUCGCGGUGGGUUUGGAGUAGUGUUUGAGGCAAAAAACAAAGUUGACGACUGUAACUAUGCCAUAAAGAGGAUUCGACUCCCAAAUCGUGAUCAAGCACGGGAGAAGGUCAUGCGGGAGGUAAAGGCGCUGGCUAAGCUGGAGCACCCAGGCAUUGUCCGCUAUUUCAACGCCUGGCUGGAAGCACCACCUGAGGGCUGGCAGGAGGAGAUGGAUCGGCAGCUGCUGAAAGAUGAAAGCUCUGAGUGGCCAGGGAGUUCUCCAGACGUGGCCUCCAUGAACCAACUGAAGCCUCCAGCUGUGGUGCAUUUCAGUUCCUGCCCUGUGGUCGGUGCGAGCGAGCCUCCUUCAUCUGAGUUUUGCGUGAGUCUGGACUUCUCCGCGGACGCCACCCAGCCUUCAGAGAACCAGCGUGAGCAGAGUGGCCCCCUGUCCGAGUGCGAAACCAAGGAGAUUUCCAACACGGCACAUUCCUUUGAAUUAUUCCCUAUGGCUUGCGGCGAAGCCGAGGGCGAGGACAAGACCACAUCCUUUGACGUAGUGUUUGAAGAUUCCAGUUGUAUCAGGGUCUCUGAGUCGGGCUGUGAGCCGUCGUGUCGGAGUAGAAACAGCAGUGAGAAGCAAACCACCACCUCUCGGGUGGAGAUGAACAGUGGAUCUGAGAGUCUGCACCCUGACUGUGAGGUAUCGUGCUCGCCACCAAGACCCACCUCCCUCAAUCUGGGUGUGACCCAAGGACUGGAAGAAAAGGUGAAACAACAGAGCUCUCCCAAGGUUUACUUGUACAUUCAGAUGCAGCUCUGUCGGAAAGAGACGCUAAAGGACUGGAUGAACGGUCGAUGUCGCAUGGAGGACCGGGACCGAACCGAGUGCCUCAGGAUAUUUUUACAGAUGGCUGAUGCUGUCUGCUUUUUGCACAGCAAGGGACUAAUGCACAGGGAUCUUAAGCCUUCAAAUAUUUUCUUUACAUUGGAUGAUGUGGUGAAAGUGGGUGACUUUGGGCUGGUGACGGCAAUGGACCAAGAGGAAGAGGAGGGGUCUAUACUUACACCAAUGCCAGUGUAUGCCAGGCACACUGGGCAGGUGGGCACGAAACUCUAUAUGAGUCCAGAGCAGAUAUCUGGAAACACGUACUCUCAUAAAGUUGACAUCUUUUCCUUGGGCCUCAUCCUGUUUGAGUUGCUGUAUCCUUUCAGUACACAGAUGGAGAGAAUCCAGACAUUAACAGAAGUCCGGGAUUUGAAGUUUCCUCCUUUAUUUCUAGAGGAAUAUCUUCAAGAGCAUGAAAUGGUGCAGAAAAUGCUCUCUCCUGAACCAGGAGAGCGCCCGGAGGCAGCAGACAUCAUUGGCAGCCCUCUCUUCGAGGGCUUUGACCUUCCAGAAAAGCAGCUACUGAGGCAGAGGUCGCGGACACUGAGUUCCAGUGGUGCCAAGGCUUUGAGAGGAUCGGUCUCCUAGCAGCGGGACGUCAGCCCGGCUGACUUGCAGGCUCUUGAUCCGUGAUACCUUCCACUUCAUCCAGCUGUCGGCAGUCCAAACCUGCGAACGUGUGUGAGAAAAAUGCCCCGUCACUUGCAAAGUCUUUAAGGCCUAGAAGUGGGCUAUUAUGCUUGCACACUGAAACUCAAGUGUAUGUUAGAAAUGGAUCUGAAGAGUAUGGAUAAUGCUGUGUGAAUCAGGGACUGGCUUUGCAUUCGAUGCUCUGCUCCUGCACAAGCUUCACUGGCUCUUUCUCCACAUGCAGGAAUAUAUCAAAGCAGGUGCAUGCACUCUGGAGGAAGGUGCAACCUGAAGUUUUCUCCCAGUCGGAGAGCUCUGUGGCUGAGUAAGCAGGACCCUGUGUUCGCAUUUCCCACUCCUUCGUCUUGCUCUCGUCUCUGAGCACAACCGUACAAAACCCUGUCUCCAGGAAGCUCGAGCCACCCUGCCACCUGUGACGUAAAACAGAAAAGACUAGAAUUACUUAGCAGGUAAGGCAGCAUCCAUGGAGAGAGAGAGAGAGAGAGCAAAGCUGCCAUUCAUGAUUUGAAGUGCAGCUUGCCUCGUCUAUCUGCUUGCUGUUUGUUCCUAAUGCGUAGAGUUAGAAUGCCCGCAAUGAUAGGAAGAAGCAACUAAAGGUGUAGGUGAGGCUGAAUGUUAGCCGUACUUCAUUUUAACCGGUUAAAGACAAUCUGAAGUAUUUUAAAAUAGUAUUUGUUUUGCUGUGCAAGCUACACAAUGAGAGAAAACUCUUAAAAUUCUUAAUGAUGUGGAAUAAAAUGUCUUUACAUAGAAACAUUUUGUUAAGGUGACUCAAUUGUCUGUUCUUUAGAUAUUCCUGAACAAAUCCCUUGGAGUUUUGGAGCAAAAUGACAAAAUGGGUAAAAUUGCCCGACAAUGGCUUAAUCUAAAAAGUUUAAGUGAAUGAGACCUUGAAGAGUGGUGGCCAGGGCUUGUGUUAAAUCACAGAGUCCAGGAUCAGGCCCAUGGGCAAAAGCAAAUAUUCAAUAGGACAGGCAGCUAACCCAUGCAGAGAGCACGUGCUGUAAUGUAUCUGCCAUAUAUGCUGCUCACUGUGUUUGCUCGGUGAUCAGACCUGUACCUGUUCAGUUUCUCUGCUCUUGACUUACAACAUUGCAUUUUAAUUUUAUGCAGUCUGUGUUUUGUACCUUCGUGUUUUCCCCUGUGAUUUCUGAUCCCGAUCGCAACCGUGCGUGUAUGGCUGUCUUGCAUAAAUACUGAUUCAUUUCAGGGCUGAGGUUAAACUUAAUAUUUACUUGUAUUUUGCUGCAGCUCCUGACCGUUGGUUGGUCGAUUUGCCUUUGCAAAGUCCCCACCUUUACAUUGCUUUUAAGAUCAUAUGGGUAAUGAAGUUUUCGAGGUUUAGCUUUCACUAGAGAGGCAGGAGUGGUGAAGGAUUUUAACUUGUUGCUGACCAUUCGUACUGUGCUGGGAUAAUGUGGAUAAACUGCAGCAUUGAAUAAGGAGACUGCUGUAUUGGCUUCCCUCGGCAAAUCCACAUGCCAGGUGCUGUACGCUUUGCACAGACUGCAGUAUUUUUGGGUCCAUCACGUUUGAGAGUACAUCUAGCUCAUUAUCUUAAUGAUACAAAACAAUUUUCCAUUACAUUCGAGAUGCUUAACCCCUUUAAAAAAGCACUUUUACUUGUGAAAUGUAUUUAUGUUGUCUUCCUUGUGAGUGUAGAGGACCAGCUCCCCUUCUGAGUUGCAUGCCUGGGUUGGCAUCAUGCACCUUUUGGUGGGAGCUUUCUGUGGGGGGGAGUGGGGGACAUUCCUGUAUUCAUUAGUCCUCUGGUGACAGACCGACAAGUGAACAGGAGCGUUAUAUGACUCCUCUUUCUCCCUGUGCUUCCUUAAUUUUUGUCAACAUGGCCAGUGACCUGUUUGUUCUAAGCUAUGUAUAAAAUAAACAUGCUUUGUAGAGAUUUUACUUUUAUUUUAGAAAAGGCAAUUGUGGUCAAUAUCUGCUGUUGGUACUGAGUGCAUGGUCCUCGAUUUUAGAAUAGGUUACCUGAAGGAUGGAGUUAAUUACUGGAUAACUGCGCUGAAGUCUUGCCUCUUUCUGUCUGUGUGUUCAUUAAGUUUCUGCUAUGUAGAUGUGGUUAAUGUCUUGGGUCAAAAAGAAAUUAACUAAUGUAAUUAUGUACAGAAUUAAUCCAUAAUUGUUGCAGUAAUUUUAUAUUAUUGUAUUAUGAUGGAAAGUUCCUGGAUAAGUGCGACUACAGAGGGUUUUAGAUUUUUGGCUUGUACAGUGUAAAAACUGUAAUAGUUUAUCAAUCCAUUUGGGUUGCUGGCACUACGAAUGAAUUCCUUGCAAUAAUUGGUGCGUUGCAACAUUGUGACUUCCGCCAAGUCGAAGAUUCAAUAAACUCUUGAACUGUG